CAGCAGCAGUCUGCAUCUGUACAGUCACAGAGAACCGCUUCAGCACAACUAUCUGGAGCAAGAGAUGCACCUGGCAGAGGGAGCAGCAGACUUGGGGACAGAAAAACAGACUCUUCCCUAAACAAUAUGACUACUCCUGUUUCAGCAUCAAACAGGAGACGACUGGGGGGCAUGCCACUUGUAAUGCAGAUGUUGCUUUGCAGCAGGAGCAGAGUACAUAGGAUCCUAAGAAACAGCCUGCAAUGAGAUGUAAAGAGGUCCAGGUUUUCCACAGUAGCUCUGCUUCAAGUAUUCAACAAAGCAACACAGGACAUUCUGCAUGAUGUGCUGCUGAAUGUAGUCCACUGUUUCCUCCCUGUUCAUGCAUUUUCUGGAGAUUUGGUUUUUGCAGACAUGCUCCACAGACAUUUAUUAUAUAUCUCACAGCUAUAGAAGACAAAGGGACAGGAGAGAUCCAAUCCACACCGAAGCCUGUCCCCUCAUGACCUCAGGCAUGGAGAGCCUGUUCAAAAGGAGAAGAAUAAUGAAAACUUGUAUAACGGUCUCCCUACUUUUUGCCACCUUGGUGACCAUACAUAAACUAAAACUGGUGGAAGAUGGAGCAAAGAGUAGCCUGGCAUUUCAUACAAGGAUUAUGCAUCAGUGGCUGCAGCCAGAUAACAGCUCCUCUAGAAGGAACAGUAAAAGGACUAGUAGCCAUGCUAAAGACAUUACUUCUGAAGUUAUAAAUUUGCCUCCACCAAGGUGGGACAUCAAUGAAAGUAGAUGUCCUGAAAAUACUGCUCUAAGGAGGCAACCCUGGUUCAAGCAUGUGGAUCCCAGAUUCCAUCAGUUUAUUCUACACAGACAUUGCAGGUAUUUCCCAUUGUUGCUUAACCACCCUGAGAAAUGCCAGGGAGAUGUACAUGUGCUCAUAGUGGUCAAGUCCAUUAUUGAGCAACAUGACCGGAGGGAGGCUGUUAGGAAGACUUGGGGCAAGGAGAAGGAGGUAGACGGGAAAAAAAUUAGGACUCUGUUCCUCCUUGGGACCACAUCUAUAGGUAAAGACCACAGGAACCUCCAGAGACUAAUUGAUCAGGAAGACCAGAUUUAUGGGGACAUCCUACAGUGGGAUUUCAUGGACACCUUUUUCAACUUGACUCUCAAAGAAGUCAACUUCUUAAAAUGGUUUCACAUAUAUUGCCCGAAUGUCGAGUUUAUUUUUAAAGGGGACGAUGAUAUAUUUGUGAACACUGAAAACGUGUUGGCUUUCCUGGCCUUCAAAAAGGAAGACCCUUUACUGCCGAGCUUAUUUGUAGGAGAUAUUAUUUCUCGGGCAGGCCCCAUCAGGAACAAGCAAAGCAAAUAUUUUAUACCAAAAGAAUUGUAUGACAAACCCUAUCCAGUGUAUGCUGGAGGAGGGGGCUUUCUUAUGGCGUCUUCUCUAGCCAGAAAACUGUUUGUAGCUUCUGAGAAGAUACAGUUGUUUCCCAUUGAUGAUGUGUUUUUGGGAAUGUGCCUGAAGUCUGUAGGUGCGGAGCCCAAGUUACAUCCUGGGUUUAGGACAUUUGGAAUAAGCAAAAAUAGAUUUAGUGGAAUGAAUAAGGACCCUUGUUUCUACAAGAGCUUGUUGGUGGUCCACAAACUCAGUUCAGAAGAUCUCCUUAAAAUGUGGAAUGUUGUCCAUGAUGAUAAAAUCAUCUGUGGUAAAAUAGUUCAUUUUAACAAUGUCACAUAGAUAAUGACACUGUGUUGGUGAAGUGAUUGAGACCAUAAAGUUACAUUGGGAAACAUGGGGAAUAAAAAUGAUUUAUAUGUCCACACUGUGUGAUAACAAUGUGCUAAAGUAACACAAAAUGUUUUUUUGUUCUGUUUUUGUUUUCCAGCUGCUUGAGGGGAAAAAAAUUGUCAGAUACACAUA